GUUCCCCACCGUCGGCAACCGUCGGCUCGAGCUCACCAAGAUUUUGAUAGAGUGGAACCUGGACCUGUGAAGGCAAAUAGAUGGUGACCUGCGUUCUCCGACGGCAUCGUGUUCACACUUUAAGAAGCUUUGUACGACGGCGGAGAAAGACAUGGCCUCGUCACUGCAGCUACCCGUGUCGACUCGACCCACCGGGAGUCCCGGAAUCGCCGUUGAGUCUGAGGCGAUUCCGAUCCCGAAAGGCCCGUCGCCGGCGUCGUCGAUCCCUGGGCAGCAGCCGCCUGACCUUGGAACCGCGUCGUCGAUCUCUGCGACGCGACAUGGUGGGGGAGGCGCGAAACGCAAAGCUGGGGCUUCAGUCGGCGCCGCUGCCGGAUCUUCGAUCAAGGGUGGUGCGAAUAGGGGAUUUACUGACAAGGACGACGCGACGGAGAAGGGCGCUGGCAGCAAUAGCCAGAAGCGCAGACGUCGUGUGUUCUCCUGCCAGUCGUGUCAGAGGCUCAAGUGUCGAUGCGAGUAUGACGCCGGGUCUCAGGCUUGUCACCGUUGUGUGACACUGAGGAUCGAGUGUUCACUCAAGGGAGAGUUCCUCGAGGCUCCACCCAACCAGAAGCCAGUCGACUCGAGCUCAAGCAUCGAGGACAGGCUGAGCCGGCAUGAGAAAUCCUUGGCAGACAUCAAGAACAUGCUGGAAUUCGUGUCGCGUCAGUUCGGGCUUGUCAGCGACAUCCACAAGAGCCCCAAGAUGGUCAGAGGCGAGGUCGACACCGAGACGCCCGGCUCCAAUGAAGAGGAAGACCCCGAGAAUCUCGCCGACCCCGUCGACCUAGGCAUCAAAUCAGCGCCCACCGUCGUGCUGAGGGAGAUUGGCGAGCAAGUCACCAAGGGGUACCGGAGGCUUGAGCACGUCAAGCUUGACCUGAUCCAGCUACAGCUGCUAGACGAGCAGACCGCCAAUGAGCUGGUUCGCCUCUUCUUCAAACACCACGGCCACAUGUUGCUGGUCUAUGAUCCGACAGAGGCCGGCGCCAGGGACUUGAGGGAGGUUUCGGCCUUCCUACACAGCGUCUGCUGCUUGUGUGCCACCCUCUACCGCGACGAUCUGUGCGGUACUACGACCCACCGAGGGGUGUACGAGCAAGUCCGCAUUACGCUUGGACAGGUUCUCCUGUCGAGCCCCCUGAGUCUGGAAGAGAUUAAUGCUGUCUUGUUGAUGAGUGAUCACGCAGAUGGACCCGAGUACAUUGACAGCUGGCUUUUGACCGGAUACUGCGCCAAACAAGCCAUGCUCAGCAUCAGCUUCUCCAAGAUCGUCAAUAACAUCAAGCGGGGGACUACCACAGUUUCAGACCGUCGAGCCAUUCACUUGUGGUCUACCAUCUGUUUACACCAUUUGCACUGGGCCGCUACGACCGGCAGGCCAUCGGUCCUUCAAAACGCCUACAUCAACCAAUGCAAUAUCCUGCUAAGCUUCUACCAGGCAAGCAUGCAGAAUGGAAUGCUUGUGGCGGAGAUAAUGCUCUACUCGGUGCUUCAUCAGAAACUGAACCGUCGGUCCUAUCUAGAUGCCAAUAGUGAAUGUGAGGAGUUCAAAUCAUGGAAACAGAGGUGGAAUCAUCUAAUGUCUCUCCCAACAGCGUCAAUGCUGAGAAUUGGCUACUACGCUGCCAACUUGAUCCUUGCAGUACGCGCCCUGGAAGAAAGCGGCCAUGCCAUGAGCCCUAAGACAUUCCUAUCCAACAUGUCCUUGGUUGAUCCCACGAGUGGCAAUAACGACGAUGCGGAUGCCGAAGGGACCAAGAAGGACACCCAUGUAUUGCAUGUGCAUACCUCACGCUUUGCGCACUCGGUCUUGGAGACGUUUGUGGACAUGCCUCCAUUCUUAAUGGAUUCGAUUCCCACUUACCUUUGCCUCUGCAUUGGGUACUCGGCGCUUAUACUAGCUCACUACGACGAGAAACAGUCCAAGGUGCCUCCCGAAGUUAGCAUUGGCCUCAUAUCGCGACUGGAAGAUUGGUGCAUGCGCACACCAAGUAAGUCCUGGGCCAUCAAGUUCGCAAAAUUGGCGAGGCAAAAGGUGGAGUCGCGGACUGGCAGCAGACUGCACCCGGAGCUGAGGAGGGGCACAGCCAGGGAAAAUGACAGGCGACAUAUGCCUGGAUGGAGUGCGACAGAUAUGUCGAUUUCGGCUUUCGCCGUGGGCCCGGAACACAGCAUGCCGCCGUCUGGAAUGGCACACACUCGACACUAUGAGGGCGACGAUUAUGUUUCGCCCGGAGAUGCCUUCCCACUGGCAUCCGAUGGAUUGCCGCCGGGCUACGAGGUGUCACAAGGUGUGAUUCCGAGCAUGGAAGACUUCUUUGGGGGUGGUUUCUUGGAUUUCAUGAGGCACCCGAGGGGUUGACAAGGCACUUGAAUAUGCAGAGCACCCCACCCUUGGGAGCUGACAAAUCUACGGACCACUUCCCAGGAAUUGACCCGACCGCUUUGACCACUUUCACUCAAUUACCUUUGACCCUAAGCCUUGUACUGGACUCUAGGGUAAUAUUGAACCGGCCAAUUGUCCACCAAGGAUUCCUCAUCUCACCUCUUUGGGCCAAGUGGGUCGAGCAAGGGGAAUAUAUAUCCCGUACUACGUCUUAUAUACAAGCUGUCGUAAGUUCCCGUCCAAAUCGUUUGUGGCAACGUGAGUUCAACAAAAUGUCGAACCGACGAAGCAUCCUUGUUAUUGGUGCCAACGGGUAUAUUGGCCUCGCAGUGUGCCGUGCCUUCGUCCGCGCUGGAUGGCGUGUCUACGGUCUGGUACGCAAGCCAGAAUCAGCCCAGUCACUUGCAGCAGAGGAGGUCACCCCUAUCGUCGGAUCUGCGUCGGACCUUUCAUUCCUGGAUCAG